AUGCCAAACUACAAACUCACUUAUUUCAACAUGAGGGGGAGAGCAGAAAUUAUUCGUUACAUAUUUGCUUAUUUGGACAUAGCGUAUGAAGACCACAGAAUAGAACAAGCUGACUGGCCUGGAAUUAAAUCAACUCUUCCAUUUGGCAAAAUCCCCAUUUUGGAAGUCGAUGGACUCAUCCUCCACCAGAGCCUCGCAAUAGCGAGAUACUUGACGAAAAACACAGAUUUGGCUGGAAAAACAGACACGGAACAAUGUCAAGUUGAUGCCAUUGUGGACACACUGGACGAUUUCAUGUCACGUUUUCCUUGGGCAGAGAAAAAGCAAGAUAUAAAGUUUGUGUCUUUAAACUAGGUAACCUGGGCAGAUUUCUACUGGGAUAUUUGCAGUACCACACUUUUGGUCUUUAAACCUGACUUGUUGGACAUCCAUCCCAGGCUGGUGGCUUUACAGAAGAAAGUCCAAGCCAUUCCUGCCAUCGCUGCCUGGAUACGACGGAGGCCCCAAACCAAACUCUAGCGGGUGCACACGGCCUUCAAGCUCGGUG